CGCCAUGAUUUCGUUCCACUCGCGAUAUUUUUUGCAUUCCCAACUGCACUUUGUAAAGAACACGUCGAUUGAUAGUGCAGCAAGGCGCUUUUUUGUUUCGGGGCGACAGCAACACACUGGCCCCCGUCAAUGUUCCUGCUGCCAUGAUCGGGAGACACCUGUGGGAUUACAUCUUCAUCCGGACAUGCAUCCUCUUCCUGCACCUGGUCGUCCCUCUCAGUGUAAUUUACUCACUGGUCGGCCCCCUAGUCCGUCUUCCAUUCCGACUUCCCCGAGUACUACAGCUAUGGCUCGCUCUCGAGGCCGCUUUCUAUCUCGCCGUCUACCUACCGCGAAAAGCAUACCUCCAGAAGGCCGCGAGGCAUCCACUUCCUCCGUGCCGUGAGGAGCGCAAAGAGUUGUUCGAGCGCUGUCACAGCAACAUCCCUGAUCCAGUCCAGUACCUGAGAAAAUGGUUCCGUGGUGCGCCAGUGGCGGAUAUUAAGCGGGAGAAUGUCAAAGAUUUUUUCCGAUGGGCGUUCUUCAACACGGGAGAGCGUGAGCCAGCAUAUGAUGAGGAGCUAGAGGAGUAUGUUGGCGAGAUGGAGAAGUUGUUAGGGAGGAAAUUGGAACCCGGUCGCGGCAAUGCCAAGUGCCUCAGAUUGACGCUCGACAAAGUAGAGAUGUUACAUCGAAGCUUGGCGUGGUAUCUGUGUGUGUUUGUCGUCGAUACAGCGGCAUCCAUGCAUUUGUGGCGCCAGUCCUUCAAAUUCUAUCGCCCAUCGUUCCUCCAGUGUCUUGCCGUCUUCCCCUUACGGCCCCUCACACUCUUUAGCUCCCAUAGCUCCUCUGGGCAAUGUCUCACUUACUGGCACCGGCCGCACACUUCAAAGACGCGGCUGCCGAUCCUCUUCAUUCACGGCAUUGGCAUCGGACUCUACCCGUAUAUAAACUUCUUGGCGGACCUCAAUGCAGACGAUGACGAGGAUGCACCAGACGGUGAGGUGGGGAUCAUUGCCAUAGAGAUUAUGUCAAUAAGCUCCAGGAUAACGACUGAAGCAAUGACAAAGGAGGCAAUGUCCAAGGAGAUUCAACACGUAUUGGAGGGGCAUGGGUGGCAAAGGGUUGUGCUGGUAUCGCAUUCUUACGGAAGCGUGGUUGCGACACAUCUGCUGCGAUCUCCCCAGAUCGCACAAAAGAUCGGGCCGGUCUUGUUUGUUGACCCCGUAUCUUUUCUGCUCCAUCUCCCCGAUGUGGCGUACAAUUUUGUAUGCUCACUCUGGUACGUCGGGCUUACACAUUACCAUGACUAACGUCUAACGCCGUAGAUCUGUCGAAAGCCAAGCCAAGCAAACGAAUAUCUGCUCUCUUAUUUCGGCUCUAAGGAUAUGGGCGUCUCGCAUACGCUAUUCCGACGCUUCUUCUGGGCUGACAAUAUUUUGUGGAAGGAGGACAUUCGGGGCCGCCGCGUGACAGUAGCUCUAGCUGGCAGAGACAUAGUAGUAGACACGUCGGUAAUUCGGGCAUACCUAACAGGUUCGGGGGUUGCGGAAGGGUGUGCUCUGCAGACAGGGGAUGGAGGCAAUGCAGAGAUGAUAGGUGAUACACCGGGGGUGCUGUGGUUUCCGGAUUUGGACCAUGGCCAAGUUCUCUAUGGGAAAAAGACGCGACGAGUACUAACUAGGGCUGUGAGGACGCUCUGCAAGGAAUUACCAGAAUAACAGACGGUGGUUCCGGCCUAUCAAUAGGUACACAAUUUAGAAGGCUUACCAAGAUAUCUUGGGAGCUGCUGCGAAAG